GCUCAAGCUGUGCUGCGUGCACGUAUAUCCCGGCUUUUGUUUCAGCAGCUGAAGAUACUCAUCGUCCUUCGAGCACGAAAAUGAAACGGGUUUGGGUGAUAGCUCUUCUUUGCGCAUUCUUUGCCUUUGCUGCUGUAAAGGCAGAGGAUGAACUUGACGUCGAUGGGAUGGUAGAGGAGGACUUUGGUAAAAGCCGAGAUGCCUCCAAAACAGAUGAUGAGGUGGUGCAGAGAGAGGAGGAGGCUAUCCAGCUGGAUGGCUUGAAUGCUGCGCAGAUCAAGGAACUCAGAGACAAGUCGGAAAAACAUGUCUUUCAGGCCGAAGUCAACCGUAUGAUGAAGUUGAUUAUUAACUCCCUCUACAAGAACAAAGAGAUCUUCCUCAGGGAGCUGAUUUCCAAUGCCUCGGAUGCUCUGGAUAAGAUCCGCUUGUUGUCUCUGACGAAUGAGCAUGCAAUGGACGCCAACGAGGAGCUGACUAUCAAAAUAAAAUCUGAAAAGGAGAAGAACAUGCUCCACAUCACUGACACUGGUAUUGGAAUGACCAAAGAUGAACUGGUGACGAACUUGGGCACCAUUGCCAAGUCUGGCACCAGCGAGUUCCUCAACCAGAUGACAGAAGCACAGACUGAGGACCCGUCGACCUCUGAGCUUAUUGGCCAGUUUGGUGUGGGUUUCUACUCUUCCUUCCUCAUUUCAGACCAAGUCAUCGUGACGUCCAAACACAACAAUGACACGCAGCACAUCUGGGAGUCCGACUCUAAUCAGUUCUCUGUCGUUGAGGACCCCCGUGGGAACACGCUGGGCAGAGGAAGCACAGUCUCACUCAUCCUGAAAGAGGAGGCCUCGGACUAUCUGGAGGUGGAGACUAUCAAGAACCUCGUCAAGAAAUACUCCCAGUUCAUCAACUUCCCCAUAUAUGUUUGGGCCAGUAAGACUGAGAUGGUGGAGGAGCCCAUCGAGGAAGAUGCUGAAGCAGCAGAGAAAUCCGAGAAGGAUGCUGCUGAAGAGGAGGCAGAGGUAGAGGAGGAGGAAGAGGAGGAGAAAGAGAAGCCUAAGACAAAGAAGGUUGAGAAGACUGUGUGGGACUGGGAACUGAUGAACGAUAUCAAGCCCAUCUGGCAGAGACCAGCUAAGGAGGUCGAGGAGGAAGAGUACAAGGCGUUCUACAAGAUGUUCUCCAAGGACACUGAAGACCCUCUGGCCCACAUCCACUUCACAGCUGAGGGGGAGGUUACCUUCAGAUCCAUCCUGUUUGUGCCCACUGCAGCGCCCCGCGGCCUGUUUGACGAGUAUGGUUCCAAGAAGAACGACUACAUCAAGCUGUUCGUGAGGAGAGUUUUCAUCACAGACGACUUCAACGACAUGAUGCCAAAGUACCUGAACUUCAUCAAGGGAAUGGUUGACUCCGAUGACCUUCCCUUGAAUGUGUCAAGAGAGACUCUGCAGCAACACAAACUACUCAAGGUUAUCCGCAAGAAGCUGGUUCGUAAGUCUUUGGACAUGAUCAAGAAGAUUGCCGAGGAGCAUUACAACGAAAAGUUCUGGAAGGAGUUUGGAACCAACAUCAAGCUGGGUGUCAUUGAGGAUCACUCCAACAGGACCCGUCUGGCCAAGCUGCUGCGCUUCCAGACCUCAAACAGCGAUAAAGACGUGGCCAGCCUGGAGCAAUAUGUGGAGCGCAUGAAGGAGAAGCAGGACAAGAUCUACUUCAUGGCUGGUACCAGCAGGAAGGAGGCCGAGUCUUCUCCCUUCGUGGAGAAUCUGCUGAAGAAGGGCUACGAGGUGAUCUACCUGACGGAGCCGGUGGAUGAGUACUGCAUCCAAGCGCUGCCCGAGUUUGACGGAAAACGCUUCCAGAACGUCGCAAAGGAGGGUGUCAAGUUUGACGAGAGCGAGAAGACCAAGGAGAAGCGGGAGGCCCUGGAGAAGGCGUAUGAGCCUCUCACCACAUGGCUGAAGGACAAGCCCCUGAAGGACAUGAUUGAGAAGGCUGUUCUCUCCCAGAGGCUAACAAACUCCCCCUGCGCUCUGGUUGCAAGUCAAUACGGCUGGUCAGGAAACAUGGAGAGGAUCAUGAAGGCACAGGCUUACCAGACGGGAAAAGACAUCUCCACAAACUAUUAUGCUAGCCAGAAGAAAACAUUAGAAAUCAACCCCAAACAUCCUCUCAUCAAGCAGAUGCUUAACAAAGUCAACGAGGACGGCGAGGACCAGACCGUGUCAGAUCUGGCCGUGGUUCUAUUUGAGACGGCCACGCUGCGCUCCGGCUACCAGCUGGCUGACACCAAGGCUUACGGAGAAAGGAUAGAGCGCAUGCUCCGACUCAGCAUGAACGUACCUCUGGACGAACAGAUUGAGGAGGAACCAGAGGAGGAGCCAGAGGAAGAACCAGAGGAGGAGCCAGAGGAGGAGGAGGAGCCAGCAGAGGACGACUCUGAUGUUAAAGAAGAAAUUGUUGAUGAAGAAGACGAGGAAACGAUAAAAUUGGACAAAACCGAACUGUAAAGCACUGAAUGAAGAGCAUGAAGCGACGGCGCUGGAGUUGGAUUGGCGUCUUGUUCCGGUGCCAUCGUGGUCAACAUCAUGAGUGGGGGUCCCUGGGUUGGUUUUUUUUUUUAAGGCGAGCAUUGUUUGUUUUAGUUAUUUUUUAUUACAUUCCUCAUGACUGUAAAUUUGUUAAUAUUUAACUGACCUGUUUGUGGAAAGAAACAAAGCUGUCUCUUGAUCGAAAUAAAUGUUUCCUGGAAAAAGGACA